CCGGCGCGUGACGGGGGCGUGCCGCGGCGGCGUCACUUCCGCGCCCCCUCCCUGCCCCGCCCAGCGCGGCCGGCGCGUGGAGCCGGUUGGCGGCGGUUCCGGUGGCGCCUCGCGAGGCGGCCGCGGCGCGGCGCGGGGCGGGCGUGGGGUGGGGUGGGCGGGGGAGAGCCGGUCCCGCUCCCGGUCCCGCGCCCACCCCGGCGACAUGGGGCUCAGCUGAGGGCGCCGGUGAGUGGGGCUGCGCGGCCGGGCAGGUGACUCAGCCAUUGUUUGUAUGAGAUUUGUCCACACACUGCCUCUUCAGACAGGUCUUCCAUAUCUCAAGCUGAGAAGUUCCAUAUCACGCUAAACAUGGAGAAAGAAGAAAAGAAGUUUGUCAAUAAAGCAGAGGAGGAUGAGAUGGAGAUCUACGGUUAUGAUCUGUGCCGUUGGAAGCUCGUGCUAGUUUCUGUAGGAGUGAUCUGUUCUGGAGGCCUUCUCCUUCUCCUCCUCUAUUGGAUGCCUAAGUGGCGUGUGAAAGCAACAUGCAAAAGGACUAUGCUUAAAGACUGCGAAGUGGUUCUGUUGAAAACAACUGAUGAAUUCAAGAUAUGGUUUUGUGCAAAGGUCCGUGUUAUGCCUUCUUUGGGAGCCAGUCCUUUAGAGAGUCCUAAACCUAAUAUGCACAAGGUUUCAAAUGGCCAUGCUGUUCACUUCUGUGGGACUUCUGCAGAAGAGAGUAAAGAUGAUUUGAAAAAAUAUUUGCCCAUUCGUUAUUUCACACAUCACAGCGUGAAGUAUUUCUGGAAUGAUUCACUUCAAAGUUUUGAGGUUGUACGAGGGCUAGAUGAAUCUACAUUCUGUUCUUCAAUUCAUAAUGAACACAGCACAGGACUGACAAAGGUGAUACAUGAUUACAGAAAAAUAUUCUAUGGAGUAAAUGAAAUUGCUGUGAAAGUGCCUUCUGUUUUUAAGCUUCUGAUUAAGGAGGUUCUCAACCCUUUUUACGUUUUUCAGUUGUUCAGUGUGAUACUGUGGGUCGUUGAUGAGUAUCACUACUAUGCAUUAGCAAUUGUGAUUAUGUCUGUAAUAUCCAUUGUUAGCUCACUCUACACCAUCAAAAAGCAAUAUGUUAUGUUACAUGACAUGGUAGCAGCUCACAGCAUUGUCAGAGUUUCCAUCUGCAGAGGAAACCAAGAAAUAGAAGAAAUCCUUUCCACCGACCUUGUGCCUGGAGAUGUCAUCCUGAUUCCAUCUAAUGGGAUAGUUAUGCCCUGUGAUGCAGUACUUCUCAGUGGUACUUGCAUUGUAAAUGAAAGUAUGUUAACAGGUGAAAGUGUUCCUGUCACAAAGAUUAAUCUACCAAAUCCUUCAGAAGAUCCAAAAGCGAUGGGAGAUGAAAUAUACAGUCCAGAAGCGCAUAAACGGCAUACUUUGUUCUGUGGAACCAAUGUAAUUCAAACCCGUUUUUAUACUGGAGAAUUAGUCAAAGCUCUAGUAGUGAGAACAGGCUUUAGCACGGCUAAAGGACAACUUGUUCGUUCCAUACUGUAUCCAAAGCCAACUGAUUUUAAACUCUAUAGAGAUGCCUCUUUGUUUCUCCUGUCUCUGGUAGUGGUGGCAGGCAUUGGCUUUCUUUACACAAUUGUCAAUAGCAUCUUACAGGAGGUUCCAGCCCAUACCAUCAUCAUCGAGUCUCUUGACAUUAUCACUAUCACAGUGCCUCCAGCACUCCCUGCUGCCAUGACUGCUGGCAUUGUUUAUGCGCAGAAACGGUUGAAAAAAAUUGGCAUCUUCUGCAUCAGCCCACAAAGGAUAAAUAUUUGUGGCCAGUUGAAUCUUGUGUGUUUUGAUAAGACUGGCACACUUACUGAGGAUGGCUUGGAUCUUUGGGGAGUUCAACGGGUGGAAAGUGCUCGUUUCCUUUUGCCGGAAGAGAGGGCUUGCAGUGAGAGCUUGCUGAAGUCUGAGUUUGUUGCUUGCAUGGCGACUUGUCAUUCCCUUACAAAAAUUGAAGGGGUACUUUCUGGGGACCCACUUGAUUUGAAGAUGUUUGAAGCAAUAGGAUGGAUUUUAGAAGAAGCAACUGAAGAAGAAACAGCGCUUCAUAAUCGAAUCAUGCCAACAGUGGUUCGCCCUUCAAAACAGCCUUUUCCAGAAUCCAAGCAGGCAACAAAUCAAGAAAUGGAAUUAUUUGAGCUUUCGACCAGCUAUGAGAUUGGAAUUGUGCGCCAGUUUCCGUUUUCUUCAGUUUUACAACGCAUGUGUGUAAUAGCCAGAGUUCUGGGGGAGAAGAGAAUGGAUGCUUACAUGAAAGGUGCCCCUGAGGUGAUCGCCAGUUUGUGUAAGCAGGAAACAGUUCCUGUUGACUUUGAGAGUGUCCUGGAAGAAUAUACUAAGCAAGGCUUCCGAGUUAUUGCUCUUGCUCACAGAAAAUUGGAGGCUAAGCUUACAUGGCACAAAGUCCAGACUAUUAAUAGAGAUGCUAUCGAAAGCAACAUGGAUUUUAUGGGGUUAAUUAUAAUGCAGAACAAGCUGAAGCAAGAAACCCCUGCUGUACUUGAAGAUUUGCAUAAAGCCAACAUUCGCACUGUCAUGGUUACAGGGGAUAACAUGUUAACUGCUAUCUCUGUGGCCAGAGACUGUGGAAUGAUUCUACCUCAGGAUAAGGUCAUUAUUGCUGAAGCACUACCUCCAAAGGAUGGGCAGGCUGCCAGGAUCAACUGGCAUUAUGCAGAUACCCUUGCAAAAUGCACUAGUUCAUCACCAGCCAUAAACUCAGAGGAUAUUCCAGUUAAAUUGGUCCAUGAAAGCCUUGAGGAUCUCCAGAUGACCAAAUACCAUUUUGCAAUGAAUGGAAAGUCAUUUGCAGUUAUUUUGGAGCAUUUCCAGGACCUGGUACCCAAGCUUGUAUUACAUGGCACUGUGUUUGCUCGCAUGAGGCCUGAUCAGAAAACUCAGCUGGUGGAAGCUUUACAAAAUGUAGAUUACUAUGUGGGCAUGUGUGGAGAUGGUGCAAAUGAUUGUGGAGCACUAAAGAGGGCACAUGGUGGUAUAUCUUUGUCUGAACUUGAGGCUUCUGUGGCAUCACCAUUCACUUCCAGGACACCUAGUAUUUCCUGCGUGCCAAAGCUGAUCAGGGAAGGCCGUGCUGCUUUAGUAACUUCCUUCUGUGUAUUUAAGUUCAUGGCAUUAUACAGCAUUAUCCAGUACAUCAGUGUUACUCUGCUGUAUUCUAUUCUGAGCAAUCUGGGAGAUUUCCAGUUUCUCUUCAUUGAUUUGGCAAUCAUUUUGGUGGUUGUCUUCACUAUGAGUUUGAACCCUGCUUGGAAGGAACUUGUUGCGCGAAGGCCUCCAUCAGGUCUUAUCUCAGGUCCACUUCUGUGUUCCGUUUUGUCUCAGAUCAUCAUCUGCUUUGCUUUCCAAAUCUUUGGGUUUUUUUGGGUCAAGCAACAGUCCUGGUAUGAGCAGUGGACAAUAAAUUCUGAUGCGUGUCACACAUUGGAUGCCACAAACACCAGCUCUGCCCACUAUGAGAACGAGACUGUUUAUGAUGAACAUAACAUUAAAAAUUAUGAGAACACGACUUUGUUUUUUAUCUCCAGCUUUCAGUAUCUCAUAGUGGCAGUUGUCUUUUCUAAAGGAAAGCCCUUUAGACAACCAUGCUACAAAAAUUUUCUGUUUGUUAUAUCUGUGAUAGUUCUCUAUGUCUUCAUAUUUUUCAUCAUGUUGCAUCCAGUUGAAUCUAUUGACACAUUUCUUGAGCUCGUGUGUGUGCCAUAUGAGUGGCGUCUGAGAAUUCUCAUCAUUGUUAUUGUCAAUGCAAUUGUAUCCGUGUUGGUGGAGAAUGUCCUCCUUGAUAUGAUCCUUUGGAAGGUUGUGUUCAAUCGAGACAAACAAGGAGAAUAUCGCCUCACCAUACCCCAGCCGCCUCAGGAGGCUGUGGAUCACUGGGGAGCUUGUCUCCUUUCUUCGCUGUUUGGUUUUAGAAAGAAGACACCAAAAGCCAAGUAUAUGCAUCUAGCUCAGGAACUGCUGGUUGAUCCAGAAUGGCCACCAAAACCCAGAACAACUACAGAAGCUAAAGUACCAUCUCAAGAAAAUGGUUCAUAUCAAAUCAUCACUUUAACGUAACAGUGGAUCUUGGUGGCAUGCGUCUUCAGUAGAAUUCAGAAGAAUGUAAUUUUCAGGCUUUAUUUGAAAUUACAGUAUACUAAAUGUCAAAUUCUGAUACAGAUACUUCCAACUGUUUUUGUCUGUCUGAAUACAGAAUUCAGAGCCAGACAUUUUAUGGCUAUACAUUUUAAAAAUGUAGGUUACCUUAGGCAGAACAAAACUGGUCAUCUUUUCUUCCACCUUCUUCUAACUUAAAAAUAUCAUUAUUGCAAAAUGAGAUGUAUUUGAAGAUUUAAACUGCAGGGCAGUUGAACAGGUUCACUUUAUUUGCCUGGGAUAUCUUAAUCAUUGUUCUAACCUGUUUACCAGGGCACAUGUUAAUGUAAGCUCUAUGAUGUAAUGCUUUCAUGGUAGUACUAGAGGCACAUAAUGACUUUUUCGGGAGGGGUGAGGGGCUGUUUCUUUUUUUUUUUUUUUAAUUUUCACUGUUGAAAAGCUUUGUGCCUCAGAAUGGUUCUAAAGUUUUGGUGAGUGUACCUCUAAGUUUAUCUCCACUAGCAAGGAGUGUUUGCAGGUGUAAAAGUUUGUAUUUUAAGUUUAGUUCCUUAGUCUGCCACAGCAGGAAUUGGGAACGCUAUAGAAGCAAUAUGCUUUGUCCCUAAGCGGAAAGCACAUUGUUCUCAAGUGUGUGCUUAGUGUCUCUUCUGGCUAACCCUGAAAAGGUGAAGACAGACUUCAGUGAAGGAAGUGUUAGGCUACACCUUAACCUUUUUGGAGAAGGAGGGCUGGAGAACCUAAUGUUUUCUUCCCCAUCUCACUUUUAUUGCAUUUAACUCUAUAUAACUCUACAGACCUUGCUUUUUCCAACAGAAGGAUCAGUUUUAUUUUUACAUCUUAAGAGAAUUUUAUUAUAUGCCUUGAAGUAGCAAGGCCAAAGUUACUGCUGCAAGCAGAGGGUGGGGGGAGAUAUUUUCACAAGCCCACACUUGGGACUUUUGCAUGUUAAGAACAUAUGCAUUUCAAAGAGUCUGCCAAUGUCUUAAGCACUAUAUGUAGCUGUAUGAAGCAAAACUAUGAGAAAAUAGAUGAGCUAAAAUCUUGUCUUGCUGUAGAACUAAGGCUUAUCUGGAUUUUUUUUAUUAACUUGCAUCACCAGUAAUGCUACUUAAGUACUUGGGUCAGCAAUGCAUGGUUUUGCCAUUAGGUGGUGUCAAAGAAAACCCAAGACCUCUAGAAAAGUAGAUCAGCAAAGAUGUAGGGGCAGGCGUUGUCUUCACAAGCAGAGCUUAAAGAAGAGGGUGGGGUUUUUGUUUUGUUUUAGUCCACGAGAAAAAACCUCAAGCUGCUUAUCUUCAAACCAUCUCCAACUUGCCGCACUUCAGAAAAACUUCUUUGGGUCUUUGGGAAGAUAACAAAAAUGUUGGCUUUUGAUCUGCCUUUUUUUAACCAGGUGAAACUGACUGACUCAGAUGCCUCUGAACUUUGAGGAAGGCAUCUAAGAUCCAGAGCUGCCCUUUAGAGAGGACUCAUGUGAGGAGUGGAGGGAGGGCCCCACACCAGCUGGGAUUUUUGAUGUGUUUGUAUUCUGAUGUCAAAAUUUGAAAUGGUGGGAUCUUUUUUUGUUUGCUUUUCAAAUUCCUGUGGGGACUAUUCCAUUCCAAAAUUGUUUGAGUAAGUGGAAUUUUUCCAGGCCAGGCCUAAUUUCCUUGUGCUUUUUUGUAAGGCAGGCUGUGGCAGUAUCCCCCACUGUUCAUUUUAGGAUUUUUGCACUGUUGAAUAUACUGUGCCAAUGGUGAAUUUAAAAGUGGUGCUAAAUGGUUUGGAAGAUGUUUUUCGAGAACUUGAGGGUCAGUAGAUAAUAACAUUUGCUCCUCAGAAAUAGUAUGCUUAUGGUAUACUAUCUUCCAGUCCAGCUGUCAGCUCUUUUCCUGAUUUUUUUUCUAUCUUUUUGGGGGGUGGGGUGGGGAGCAGGGGAAAGAACAAAGUUGUUUUAUUAGCAGUCAUUCAGCAGAGCAGUGUGAAAGUCUAACCUGCCUUCUUCUGGUCAUGAAUAUCAGAUGACACUGGUAGCUUCUAAAGGGUCUGAAAUUGUGAACUAGGAUGAAUUUGCUCAUCGUGAACUUGAAUCAGUUGGCUAAUUUCUCCCAAUGUUGAUUUCAUACAAUCUUUGUAGCAUGGAAUAACUGAAGAAUAAUUCUUAGAUGAGUAAGUACUAUUCCAAAAUCUAAAGAAAAAUUAUAUUGAAAAAUAUUGUGAAGCUAUGCAUCUUGGACCUAGGAGCUGUGACGUAUCCUUAAACAAAUGAGCUUUGUUUUCCAUUUCAUUGAUCAUUUUAGCUUGCUUGUUCCAUCAGAAGUGAAAGAAGAAAAUGUUUGCAUUUUUCUCUUAUGUGCUUUUGCUUAGUACUUUCUCUAAACUGCUAAUUUUUCUCAGCUUGUUUGGGUUCUAAAGCUAGUCUUUCAAUCAUUUUUCUAGUGUAUUAGACUUAACUGGUUUCCUCCUCACUUUCUAGAUAUUAAGGUGGGCUUUUCUUCAGAGAACUUUUAUGGAAUUUUUCUUAUUAAAACUGAAAUAGCCCAGUGUCUCCAUUUGUUAAAAUUGAUGAUUAAUGGGGCUAAUCGUUAAUUAGGGUCAUAAGUGUAUUAGACUUGAAAAUUCUGCCAACACGUUUUUCAAGUGGGAAUUAGUUUCCUCAAGAUAAGCAUUCAGAAUUAGUAAAUGUUUCUGAAGUUGCAUGCGUGAACUCUGACCUAUUUGCUUUCAACAUAUAGUUAAGAAUAAUAAAUCAACAUUUCUGAGAGAAUAUUUCUUCUUUUGUUCAGCCACAAAAUAAGCAUUUUCAUCUCGUGCAGUUAUUGGGGAGUUAUGCCUUUCUACCCAAGAGCCAGGUUUGGCCACCUAUAAUUUUUCUAAUUUUGAACAAUUUAGUUUUUCAGGCUUUCAGAAAUACAGCAAACUAGAUCUGAACUAGUGUAUUCAGUUCAUGCUUUGAAGUAAGAAUUCAGUUUAUAGUGAAAAAUUGUUAUCUUGGAAGUCUGAAUUCAGGCGAACAGACCAAUUUAGUGAGUUCCACUAGAUACUUGGUAGACACAUUCUUUCUGCUGUAUAUUUUGGCCUUACAUUGAGAAGUUUGAUUGAAUUAUUAUUAAAUUAUUUGUGUAUGCAGACUUUAAAUUUAAUCUGUACGUAUUUUACUUUGAUGUAUUAGGAUCUGUAAAUAUUACUGAUUUUUAAAUAUUAUUUAUGCACAUACUCAAAGGACUGGUCUACCCAGAAAAAAAUUGCUAAAUAAUAAAUGUUACUUUUUAAAAAUAAAUUGUGAGAUCAUUAAAUUGUGAGAUCAUUAAAUUGUAUAUCCCUCAGGGUUAUUUUAAAAGUUUUUUCUUCCCUUCAGAUUUAAUUAGCAGUAACUCUAGUUUCAUGUGCUAUAAAACUAAAUCUACUGGAAAAAAAAACCUGCAAAUAAUGCUUGAGCUGAAACAAUUAAAACAUCCACAAAACUGUCCAUAUUCAUUGUAACUUUAAAUUGGAAACUUCUGCUGUUGCACUUUAAAGGAGGAAAAAAAAAAAAAGGAAAAAAAAAAGUUGGGUUUUUAAUUCUAUUUAUUUUUCUUCAUGAAGGUUGUGCUGAACAGUCAUCCCAAAUUGGGUAAAUGACUUAUACUGUAUAUGUAUAUACAGUAUAAUACUAAGCAGAUGUGGAGUCCUUUUUUUAUGCUGCAAGUUUUUAACACUUAUGUUGGUCAUCACAAAAUGCAAGAGUUAAAGUUAUGUAGGAUUUCUCCCACGAAAUUCUGCAUUGUAAACUUAGGUUUUUGUAUGUUUAAGGGAAAGCUGUGGGGUUUUGACAGUUUUUAGUCUUGAAUAUGUUGAUUUUAUACAGUAAAGCUUCAGGUUUUUACAGCUAUUUUCAACAAACUGCAGCUUGUUUGAUAAUUAUGUGAACCAGAAACUACUCACUCUGUGAAUUCCUCAAUCCUAACAGAUUAAAAGGCAUUACAGUGCUCUCUAGAAGCUCAGCUUCCUUUUUAUUUUUAAAUCCAAAAUGAUAAUAUGUCUUUGUAUUUAAAACAUGCAUUGCUGCUCUAGAAUGGUACCCUGUUGUCAAAAGGCAUACGUAAAUAACUGUACAAUAGAAUUGUAAAUAGUCUUGUAAAUCAUUUUUGUGACUGAAGCUCUUUGAAAUAAAAUUAAAAUGAACAGA